AUGAAGUUAUUAUUAAGGCGACGGCUGGUGCUGGGGGCUCUGCUGGGCACAGUUUUCUUAGGGCUGCUGGUUUUGCUGGCGGGUCAGUUGCUAGAAUCCUGGACAUCUUCAAUGAAUCUGAGGCCUCCAUCCCCAAAGAUCUCUUUGAGGAAAUUUGAGUGGCAAGCUCAGACGCCACACCCCUUGGACCCGAAUUAUCCUUAUCCCUACCCCUUCUUGUUCAAUCAUCCUGAGAAGUGUGCUGGUCCCAGAGGUGCCCCCUUCCUGCUCAUGCUGGUGAUGACCCAGCCCCAGGAUGUGGGAGUGCGCCAAGCCAUCCGACAAACAUGGGGCAAUGAGACCUUGGUGCCUAAUGUGGCCAUCUGCCGCCUCUUUGUUCUUGGCCUGCCCCAACCCCUCUUUGCUCAAGAAAUUCAGGCUCUCUUGGAGGAGGAGGACAGGGAGCAUGGGGAUCUCCUCCAGGUGGGCUUCCUGGAUACAUACCGCAACUUGACUCUCAAGGUCCUCAUGGGGUUGGAGUGGAUGGCCCAGUACUGUCCUACUGCCCAGUAUGUGCUCAAGGUAGAUAGUGAUGUCUUCUUAAACCCAAGCUUCCUGGUGCAUCAGGUGCUGCAUCCCGAGCGACCCACACAGCCAAACUUUAUCACAGGUUACAUCUACCUUGACUCAGAACCCCAGCGGAGCUUGGAUGACAAGUGGUACAUGCCCCCUGAGCUGUAUCCCCAAGAAAAGUACCCCGUGUACUGUGCGGGCCCGGGUUACGUGCUAUCUGUCUCCUUGGCCAUUAGGGUCCUGGCUAUGGCCCAGAGAGUCAAAGCUAUCUACUUGGAGGAUGUGUUUAUUGGGUUGUGCAUCCAGGAGCUGGGGAUAAGACCAACCCCUGCCCCCCCUGAUGCCUUCUCGAUCAUCCGGCAGGAGUAUGAACACUGUGCUUUCCAUCAACUCGCCCUGGUUCACCAUUUCAAGCCCCAAGAACUGCUGCAGUUAUGGCCAGACUUCCAGGCAGUCAAUGAUACUUGUCCCAUGGAAUGA